AUGGUUGCCCUCUCAUCUGUCUUCCUUGCCUUAACGUCUGCGUUGAGGGCCGUCUCCUCUCCGAUCGAUGCCGACUUCUUCAAUAACACUGGCAACAUCGACAAGCGCCAAAGUGUUUCACCUGGCACGGGUUACAACAAUGGCUUCUUUUACUCAUUCUGGACCGAUGGCGGAGGCUCGGUCAAUUAUCAAAACGGACCUGGUGGUCAGUACUCCGUUCAAUGGAGCAAUGUCGGCAACUUUGUCGCUGGGAAGGGCUGGAAUCCCGGAAGUGCUAGGAUCAUCAACUACUCGGGCUUUUUCAACCCCAGCGGCAACGGUUAUUUGUCUGUCUACGGCUGGACCCGCGAUCCGCUCAUUGAAUACUAUGUCGUCGAAUCAUAUGGCACAUACAAUCCCUCCAGCGGCGCCACGUACCAGGGAUCCGUCACCUCUGACGGAGGCACCUACAGUAUCUACACAGCCCAACGAGUCAAUGCCCCUUCUAUCGACGGCACGCAGACCUUUACCCAGUACUGGUCCGUUCGCCAGAGCAAACGUGUCGGCGGAUCUGUCAACUUGGCCAAUCACUUUAAUGGGUGGCGCAACCUUGGUAUGAAUCUGGGCGUUCAUGACUAUCAAAUUGUUGCAACGGAAGGUUACGAGAGCAGCGGAGAUUCACAGAUCACCAUCAGCUGA